AAAAAGGAAAAUCAAAUAAUAUUUGUUUACAGAAAACUUUAAUUAAAAUAACAAAAGUCUAAAAGAUUGUUAAAGCUCUUUUAAAAGAUGAGAAAAAUAUAGUCAAGAACUAAUUCACCUUACAAAACGCAUUACUUAAAGAAUAUUUAACAGACUCCUACUGACUUUAAUAAUCAAAAUGAAUAAAAUGAAGGAUUGAAUUCUUUGUACUUUCCAUAAUAAGAAGUAGAAGUGUAAUCACCUUAUAUUAGAAGGAGGAUUAUUCCUCUUUCUGCAAAUAGGGAAAGUAAAAUUCAUAAAAAAAAAGCUAAUGACUUAUCGUAUGAUCUUAAAAAUGUAAAUUAACCUCUAAAAUUUUCAAGUUAGGCAGACUUAUCUUAGAGUAUUACUGACUAGAUAAAAGAAUGCUAAAGAACUCCUGUUAUAUUCACCAAGCUACCGUAAAAAUAAUUUGUGCUGAAAAAAAUAGACAUGUAAAAAGUCUAUAGCAAUCAAAAGAAAAGUUUUGAUUAUAGUAAUAUUAAGGCAAGUAAUUAAGCUUUAAUAUCAAAUGAUGUUAAACAAUCUACAAAAUUAAUAUAAUUAAAUGAGAUUAAGGAUCAAAAAUAAGAUGCUGAAAUUAGGCAAAAUUGCAAGGUUUAGCAGGUAUUUGAUAAUUCCUAAUAUACAACUGAUGAUUAGUCAGAUGAAAUAGAGCUUACUGAUUGUAUUCUCCAACAAAUAAAAAUUGAAGAAAAUAUAGAAUCUCGUUCUCUUACACAGCCCUCUUAAAAAAUUAAACCAGUUACAGUACCAGAAGGUCUUGAUAGCGAUUCGGAUUGUGGUUCAGAAGAAGAAUACAAUAUUUGGCCAGACAAUCCAGAAAUUUUAAUGAGAGGAAUAGAUUUUGAAAAUUUUACAGAUAACCUUAAUAAUCCUUUACUCCCUUAAGUUUUAUAUAAAGUAAGAAGUAUUUUUUAUAGUCAAAUACAAUAAAUUAAUUCAGCUGUAACAAAAUAAACUAAAAACUGCAAACAAAAUCAAAACAUCUGUAAGUAAUUUUUUGAUUACAUUCCUUGUGAUAAAAAAAUUCAACAAGAUUUUUAAACACUGAAAGAGUUCGCUGUUGUUCAAAAGAAGAGAAAGAAAUGUAAUUAAGAGAGAGUGGGAUCUCCUAAAAAAUUUAAAAACCAUUUCGUAGUAUAGCUGGAACGUGAAAAAUUCUUUUAAAACAUUUAAAUAUACCAAAAUUUUAGUCAAACACCUUAAUUUAUAAAUUUUCUUCAGCAUGCAAAAAGCUUCAGAAAAACUGAACAAAUGAAAUAAAGACCUCUUAAGUAUCAGAGAUAUCCUUUGACAUCUUUAAAUCACAUUGAAACACAAUAAUCUAUUUCUAAAAGGAUAAAAUCGUCAUCUUCUAACUAAGGAACACCAAGAAAUCAUUUCUCUAUAACUAGAAACAAAUAAGCUAAUCCUUCUAAUUUCUCAUAAUUUAUGAAGAUAGAUAACUCAGUUUAAUCUUCUUUUAAUAAUAACUUUAUAAGAGAGAAUGCUACGAGCAGUCUGAGAUGUUCAAGCAAUUUAAAAAAAAGAAAUUUAAGCAGCAUGAAUAGCAGCAAUAAUUAACCAUAAUUAUAAAAAUUGAAUACCUAAAUCAAUAAUGCAACUCCUGACUAUUUAUAUGUAAAAUCAAGACAAGUAAAGCAUAAACUCUAAUCAGUGCUUGACGAAAUAAUAUUUCAAUAAAAAAAUUGA